AUGACGGAGUUCUUGCCUCAAAACUACGAGUUCAUGUCCUGGUUCACAUCGACAAACCCGACAUCAUUCUUCACCAGAUACGUCACCUGCAUGAAAAUGCUCAUGGACAAGGAGAAGGAGGAGAUUGUUGGCAACGUCAAUAUGUUCAAUGACACCGUAAGAGAAACGAUUGGCUCGAAUCGCAAGUCUAUCAAGAAGUGUAAGACGGAGGAGGAGCGUUCUCAGGCGCUUAUUGAAAUUUCCGACGUGCAUCUCACGGAGGAGAAGUAG